AUGUCCGCUAUAUCUGCUGCUGAGGGAGAUGGUCAAUUACCGCCGGAACCUCCCACGGUAACCAUUGAUAUGUCUGAACCCCCCGAGGAGCACUUCAAACCAGCAGUGAGAGCUGUCCUCAAGGAGUAUGCUUACGAGGAUACAUUUGAGCCCCUAUUCCGCGAAUUCAAUGCUACCGUAUUCGGCAAGGAGAAGCUUCAAGACGAAGACUAUGAUACUCUGGCUGAUGCUGCUGAUAAGUUCUUUCCUACGCAGGCUCGUGAGCUCAGGGGCAUAUCGGAAGAGUUCGGUACUCAAGGCCAUUACGUGAGCUAUCCUUAUCUCUCGGCUUGGUUGUAUGCAAUUGAGAUGGAGCACAUCGAAUAUCCUGAUUCAUCAAGCACUACUGCCGAAGACAAUAACGAGUGCACUGCCCUCUUGGUCGCUGAUUGUGAAGGCAAUGUUGUUCAGGGACGUAACAUGGAUCGUCCCCCAGCAUAUUAUCCCACUUACAGAGAGACUCCGACCAAGCAGGAUAUAUUCGAGUAUAUCGAAGAAGGGAGAGCUUCUGCGCUUCAGACGUUCAAUGAGAUGAUCUUUGAACAGGGUAUUAUCGACUUUGAGCCUGCCGUGGAGUACCUCAGCAAAUGUCCGAUGGCUGUUCCAGCGUACCUAUCGAUGGCUGGGACUGGUGAUGAGUUCAAAGCUGUAGUUCUUACUCGUGAUGAAGAUGGUUUGGCCAUUGACCAGAACGGUGAGGUACACGAGCCUGCAUAUUUGAACAAUCAGACUGGUGAUUACAGCGAGGCCGAUAAUUGGUAUUUGGUGCAGACCAACUACGAUCGCUGGGAGGCCGAUCCGAUUUCUGAUCCUAGACGUACUGUUGCUGAGAACUGUGUGAAGGAGCAUGGUAAGACUAAUGAUAUAAAGUCUACCUGGGAUGUUGUCAUGGAUUGCUCCUUUUUAAGCGGAGUCUCUACGAAUCACACUAUUUAUACCUCCAUUAUGGAUCCCACAUAUGGUGACUUCUCCACCUAUAUUCGUUAUGAUGCUGAUGAUGCUUGGAACAAGAACCAUCAGUGA